AUGAUACCGUUCCUGGAAAGAAUUCUUCACCACCCCACAACGUUAUCAUAUUUUUUUUUUCUUUUACUCAUAUUUUAUGAGACUUACCGUGAAGACAUUAAACACUUCUUUCUUUCUUUCUUUCUUUCUUUCUUUCUUUCUUUCUUUCUACUUUCUUAUGCUUUCUUUCUUUCUUUCUUUCUUUCUUUCUUUCUUUCUUUCUUAUCCUUUCUUUCUUUCUUAUGCUUUCUUUCUUUCUUUCUACAUUCUUAUGCUUUCUUUCUUUCUUUCUUUCUGAUGCUUUCUUUCUUUCUUUCUUUCUUUCAGCUUUCUUUCUUUCUUUCUUUCUUUCUUCUUUCUUUCUUUCUUAGGUUUUCUCUCUUUUUCUUUUUCUUCUUUCUGUUUCUUUCUUUCUUAUGCUUUCUCUUUCUUUCUUUUAUCUUUCUUUCUUUCUUUCUUUCUUUCUUUCUUAUGCUUUCUUUCUUUCUUUCUUUCUUUCUUUCUUUCUUAUGCUUUCUUUCUUUCUUUCUUUCUUAUGCUUUCUUUCUUUCUUUCUUUCUUUCUUUCUACUUUCUUAUGCUUUCUUUCUUUCUUUCUUAUGCUUUCUUUCUUUCUUAUGCUUUCUUUCUUUCUUUCUACUUUCUUAUGCUUUCUUUCUUUCUUUCUUUCUUAUGCUUUCUUUCUUUCUUUCUUUCUUAUGCUUUCUUUCUUUCUUUCUUUCUACUUUCUUUCUUUCUUAUGCUUUCUCUCUUUCUUUCUUUCUUUCUACUUUCUUUCUUUCUUAUGCUUUCUCUCUUUCUUUCUUUCUUAUACUUUCUUUCUUUCUUUCUUUCUUAUGCUUUCUUUCUUUCUUUCUUUCUUUCUUAUGCUUUCUUUCUUUCUUUCUUUCUUAUGCUUUCUUUCUUUCUUUCUUUCUUAUGCUUUCUUUCUUUCUUUCUACUUUCUUAUGCAUUGUUUCUUUCUUUCUUAUGCUUUCUUUCUUUCUUAUGCUUUCUUUCUUUCUUUCUACUUUCUUAUGCUUUCUUUCUUUCUUUCUUUCUUAUGCUUUCUCUCUUUCUUUCUUUCUUAUGCUUUCUUUCUACUUUCUUUCUUUCUUUGAAAGGUUUCUUUCUUUCUUUUCUUAUGCUUUUCUUUCUUUCUUAUGCUUUCUCUCUUUCUUUCUUUCUUUCUUAUGCUUUCUUUCUUUCUUUCUUUCUUUCUUUCUUAUGCUUUCUUUCUUUUUUCUUUCUUUCUUUCUUUCUUUCUUUCUUUCUUUCUUUCUUAUGCUUUCUUUCUUUCUUUCUUUCUUUCUUUUUCUUUCUUAUGCUUUCUUUCUUUCUUUCUUUCUUGCUUUCUUUCUUUCUUUCUUUCUUUCUUUCUUUCUUUCUUUUUUUCUUAUGCUUUCUUUCUUUCUUUCUUUCUUUUCUUUCUUUCUUAUGCUUUCUUUCUUUCUUUCUACUUUCUUAUGCUUUCUUUCUAUCUUUCUUUCUUUUUUUCUUUCUUUCUUUCUUUCUCUUUUCUUUCUUUCUUUCUUUCUUUCUUUCUUUCUUUCUUUCUUUCUCUUUGAUUUCUUUCUUUCUUAUGCUUUCUUUCUUUCUUUCUUUCUUAUGCUUUCUUUCUUUCUUUCUUUCUACUUUCUUUCUUUCUUAUGCUUUCUCUCUUUCUUUCUUUCUUUCUGGCUUGGUUUCUUUUUUUCUUUCUAAUUUCUUUCUUUCUUUCUUUCUUUUACUUUCUUUCUUUCUUAUGCAUUGGUUCUUUCUACUUUCUUUCUUAGGUUAUCAAACUUUCUUUUCUUAUGCUUGUGUUUCUUUCUUUCUUUCUUCUGGCUUUCUUUCUUUUUCUUAUCUUUCUUUUCUUUUUUCUUAUGCUUUCUUUCUUUCUUUCUUUCUUAUUUCUUUCUUUCUUUUUUCUUUUAUUAAACUUUCUUUUCUUAUGCUUGUGUUUCUUUCUUUCUUUCUGAAUUCUUUCUUUCUUUGGUUCUUUCUUUCUUUUUUUCUUUCUUUCUUUUUCUUUCUUUUUUCUUAUGCUUUCUUUCUUUCUUUCUUUCUUUCCUCUUUCUUUCUUUCUUUCUUUCUUUCUUUUUUUGAGAGGUUCUUUCUUUCUUAUGCUUUCUCUCUUUCUUCUUUGCUUGUGUUUCUUUUUCUUUUCUUUUCUUCUUGGUUUUCUUUCUUUCUUUCUUUCUCAAACUUUCUUUUCUUUUCUUAUGCUUUGUUUCUCUCUUUCUUUCUUUCUUUCUAUUCUUUCUUUCUUUCUUUCUUUUCUAUCAAACUUUCUUUCUUUCUUAUGCUUUCUUUCUACUUUUCUUUCUUUCUUAUGCAUUGGUUCUUUCUUUCUUUCUUUUUUUCUUUCUUUCUUUCUUUCUUUCUUUCUUUCUUAUGCUUUCUUUGGAAUUGGUUUCUUUCUUUCUUGAGAGGUUAUCAAACUUUUCUUUCUCUUAUGCUUUCUUUCUUAUACUUUCUUUCUUUUCUGGCAUUGGUUCUUUCUUUCUUUCUUUUCUUCUUUCUUUCUUUCUUUCUUAUGCUUUCUUUUUUUCUUCUUUUCUUUCUUUCUUUCUUUCUUUCUUUCUUUCUUUCUUUCUUUCUUUCUUAUGCUUUCUUUCUUUCUUUCUUUCUUAUCUUUCUUUCUUUCUUUUUCUUAUGCUUUUCUUUCUUUCUUUCUUUUCUUUCUUUCUUUCUUUUUUUUCUGGCAUUUCUUUCUUUCUUUGAUGCUUUCUUUCUUUCUUUCUUUAUUCUUGUGUUUCUUUCUUUCUUUCUUUGGCAUUGGUUCUGUCUUUCUUUCUUAGGUUUUCUUUCUUUCUUUCUUAUUUCUUGUCUUUCUUUCUUUCUUUCUUUUUUCUUGGUUAUCUUUCUUUCUUUUUCUUAUGCUUUCUGUUUUUUUCUUGACUUCUUAUUCUUUCUUUGGUUCUGUCUUUCUUUGAAAGGUUAUCUUUCUUUCUUUCUUAUUUCUUUCUUUCUUUCAUUUCUUUCUUUCUUUCUUUCUUUUCUUAUACUUUCUUUCUUUUUCUUUCUUUUUUCUUAUCUUUCUUUUCUUUUCUUUCUUAUGCUUUGUUUCUUUUCUGACUUUCUUUCUCUUUCAUUGGUUCUUUCUUUCUUUCUUUUCAAACUUUUCUUUUCUUUUAUUUCUUUCUUUCAGCUUUCUUUCUUUCUUUAUUCUUUCUUUUCUUUGAAAGGUUAUCUUUCUUUCUUUUCUUUCUGUGUUUCUUUCUUUCUUUCUUUUGGCAUUGGUUCUGUCUUUCUUUCUUUCAAACUUUCUUUUUCUUUCUUUGUUUCAGCUGACUUUCUUUCUUUCUGUCUUUCUUUCUUUCUUUCUUUCUCAAACUUUUCUUUCUUUCUUUCUUUUCUUUUUCUUUCUUUUAUUGGUUCUUUCUUUCUUUCUUGCUUUCUUUCUUUCUUUCUUUCUUUUCUACUUUCUUUCUUUCUUUCUUUCUUUCUUGCUUUCUUUCUUUCUUUCUUUGCUUUUCUUUCUUUCUUUCUUUCUACUUUCUUAUGGUUUCUUUCUUUUUUUCUUUCUUUAUUUCUUAUGCUUUCUUUGGUUCUUUCUGUCUUUCUUAUGCUUUCUUUCUUUUUUCUUUCUUAUGUUUUUCUUUCUUUCUUUCUUUCUUUCUUUCUUAUUGGUUUCUCUUCUUUGAAAGGUUAUCUUUUCUUUCUUUUUUUAUGCUUUUCUUUCUUUCUUUCUUUCUUAUGCUUUUGGUUCUUUCUUUCUUUCUUUCUUUUCUUAUCUUUCUUUCUUUCCUUUUUCUUAUGCUUUCUUUCUUUCUUAUGCUUUUCUUUCUUUUCUUUCUUUCUUUCUUUCUUUCUUAAGGUUUCUCUCUUUCUUUCUUUCUUAUGCUUUCUGUUUCUUUCUUUCUUUCUUUCUUAUUUCUUUCUUUCUUUCUUUCUUAGCUUUCUUUCUUUCUUAUGGCUUUUGGUCUUUCUUUCUUUCUUAUGGUUUCUUUUUACUUUCUUUUCUUUCUUUCUUUGUUUUCUUUCUUUCUUUCUUUCUUGUAUUCUUUCUUUCUUUCUUUUCUUUCUUAUAACUUUCUUUUUUUAUGCUUGUGUUUCUUUCUUUCUUUCUUUUACUUUCUUUCUUUCUCUUCUUUCUUUCUUUCUUUCUUUCUUUUUUCUUAUGUUUCUUUCUGAUCUUUCUUUCUUUCUUUGGUUCUUUCUUUCUUUCUUAUGCUUUCUUUCUUUCUUUCUUUCUUUCUUAUGCUUUUCUUUCUUUCUUUUCUUUCUACUUUCUUUCUUUCUUAUGCUUUCUCUCUUUCUUUCUUUCUUUCUACUUUCUUUCUUUCUUAUGCUUUCUCUCUUUCUUUCUUUCUUAUGCUUUCUUUCUUUCUUUCUUUCUUUUUUUUUUUUUUUUUUUUUUUUUUUUUCUCAUUUUUUUUUUUUUUUUUUUUUCUUUCUUAUGCUUUCUUUCUUUCUUUCUUUCUUAUUUCUUUCUUUCUUUCUUUCUUAUGCUUUCUUUCUUUCUUAUGCUUUCUUUCUUUACUUUCUACUUUCUUUCUUUCUUUCUUUUCUUUCUUUCUUUCUUUCUUUCUUUCUUUCUUUCUUUCUUUCUUUCUUUCUUUCUCUCUUUUUUUCUUUCUUUUGCUUUCUUUCUUAUGCUUUCUUUCUUUCUUUCUUUCUACUUUCUUUCUUUCUUUCUUUUCUUUCUUUCUUAUUUCUUUCUUUCUUUCUUAUGCUUUCUUUACUUUCUCAUUCUUUCUUUCUUUCUUUCUUAUUCUUUUUGCUUUCUUUCUUUCUUUUCUUUCUUUCUUUCUUUCUUUCUUUCUUUACUUUCUCUUUCUUUCUUUCUUUUCUUUCUUUCUUUCUUUCUUUCUUUUUUUCUUUUCUUUCUUUUCUUUUUUCUUUCUUUUCUUAUGCUUUUCUUUCUUUUCUUUCUUAUACUUUCUUUCUUUCUUUCUUUCUUAUGCUUUCUUUCUUUCUUUCUUUUUCUACUUUCUUUCUUUCUUAUGCUUUCUCUCUUUCUUUCUUUCUUUCUUUCUUAUGCUUUCUCUCUUUCUUUCUUUCUUAUGCUUUCUUUCUUUCUUUCUUUCUUUCUUAUGCUUUCUUUCUUUCUUUCUUUCUUUCUUUCUUUCUUUCUACUUUCUUAUGCUUUCUUUCUUUCUUAUUUCUUUCUUUCUUUCUUUCUUUCUUUCUUUCUUUCUUAUCUUUCUUUCUUUCUUUCUUUCUUUCUUUCUCUUUCUUUCUUUCUUAUGCUUUCUUUCUUUCUUUUCUUUCUUCUUUCUUUUCUUUCUUUCUCUUUUCUUUCUUUCUUAUCUUUCUCUCUUUCUUUCUUUCUUAUACUUUCUUUCUUUCUUUCUUUCUUAUGCUUUCUUUCUUUCUUUUUACGUUUUUAUUCUUUUUUCUCUUUUUACUUUCUUAUUCCAUUCUUUCAUUUUUUUUCAUUAUCUUUUCUUAUUCUUUUUUCUUUCGUUUUCCUUUCUUAAUUUUUCUUUUUACUUUAUAUUCUUUCUUUCUUCCUUUCUUUCUUUCUUUUUACUUUCUUAUUCUUUCUUUCAUUUUACUUUAUAUUCUUUCUUUCUUCCUUUCUUUCUUCCUUUCUUUCUUAUUCUUUCUUUCUUUUUACUUUAUAUUCUUUCUUUCUUCCUUUCUUUCUUUUUACUUUCUUAUUCUUUCUUUCUUUUUUACUUUAUAUUCUUUCUUCCUUUCUUUCGUUUUGCUUUCUUAUUCUUUCUUUCUUUCUUUUUACCUCAUAUUAUAUGUUUUGUUUUACUUUAUAUACUUUAUUUCUUUCUUUCUUUCUGUCGUUUUACUUUCUUAUUCUUUCUUUCUUUCUUUCUUUCCUUUCCUAACAGAGACCAUGUAUCGAGUUGAAUUGUGUUUUUUCUCUCUCUCUCUCUCUCUCUCUCUCUCUCUUUAUUUCUCUCUCUCUCUCUCUUUAUUUCUCUCUCUCUCUCUUUGUCUGUCUGUCUCUCUCUUUUAUUAUUUUUUUAGCAAGGACGACGGAAUCUAA